AGCAGCUAGGGCGGCGGAGGCUUUGCUGCUGACAGCGGAGCGUUUUGUGUGUGCGCACAAGGUGGCUCCUUCUCGGCUCCUCCGCUAGCCGCCCGCGGGGGCAGCACGGGGCUCGCCAGCCUAUCACAUCCAGCCUCUAGCAUCGCCCAGCUACGGACCUGCUGCCGCCGGGAGCCGGGAAGCCGCCCGGGUCCCACGCUGGCUAUCGCUCGACGUCCCCCCUCGAUGGCGAUCAGGGGAUGCGGCUACGGAGCCCAUCCCCACGGCAGGCAAAGGCACGCAGCUCAGCGCCGAGCCCCGCUCCCCGCCGGCCGUUUGUGCCCGGUUCGCGGAGGGGAACGCAGAACAUCGGGGGACAGCACGGAAGUGAACCCCAAGGAGGGACGCGGGGCCGCCACCCGAAGCCCCCCGGGGACAUUACAUAACGACGGCAGCGGCCGCGCCGAGCUCGGCUCGGGUGCCCCUCCGGUGGGGGCUGACACCAGGAGGGGCACCGGAGCCGCCAGCGCCCCCUCCCCUCGCGCCUUCAGCAGCCGAGCGGCGACGGAUCAGCGGCGCGAUGGGAAAGAGGGAGCGGGCACGGCACACGACAGGCACCCCACCCACGCCCGGCGGAGCGGCGCUCGCCCGGCCCGGGAGCGGCGCCCGCACACUCACCGCCGGCUGUGGAGGGCGGCAGGUUUGGGUGUGGAUGGCCGCUCGGCUGUGAUUGAAGCUGGGAUCCUCGAUGUAAAUGAAAAGCAUGUGGAAGACUGGGCUCUGUGGUGCAGCGGGCAUUCAGUAAAACCCUCACCUUCCCUCAUCUUGCCUCUCGCCCGGGAGCAGCCUGAGGCCCGCAGAGCGGAGAGGCGCAGUCACAAACCUACUCUGGAGCAAUCCCAUCAAAAAUCUUAGAGCACAAACACAGACCAGGAGUCAGCAGGAAUCCAGUCAGCGUUGUGCACCCUCAUUUGUGAAUUUAUAACCAGAGUCAAAUGACCCCGCAGAGCUUGGUGGACUGUAACUUCAUUGAUGCUGUGCUGGAAUGAAGUUAAAACAAUCUGCCUGUAGUGGGGAGGGAGGAGAGCAAAACGUUAAUGUGCAAUGGACUCUCAAUUUUUCAAAUGCAGGGGAUAUAUAUGGCUAAUUUUUUAAUUGGUUAUAUACCUGUACUUCCCAAGGAUACAUGAUAGUUUACAAACUAUUAUAAAAAUAGCUUAUAAACUCUGAUUUCAGUAACUUAAGGCAAUUAUUGAAAUUACGCAGAAUGUCAUAAAGGAACUUUAAAGGAUUCUUCACGCUAGGAUUGAGAUUGGCUGUAGUAUGAGUGAAGGUUUUGUGGUGGUGUAGAGCAAAUGAAGUUGUGAUCUCUCAUAAGAGCAAAAUCAAUGCCAUCUGCAAACACCUCCAAGUGCUUCUCUCCAGGGCUGCUCAAAAUCCCUUAAUGUCUCAGCCUGUAUUGGUAUUCAAUAGUGAAACUAAAUGUGUUCUUGGUAGGCACAGACAUACAAACUCAAUUCUGCAAUACAUAUGUGCAUAUACACAUGGACAGCCACACAGAUCAAUACAGCCAGAAACGCUCAGCACUCACACAGGCACAACCAGCAUCAAUGGCGUCAUCUUGUUGCCUUUUGGCUAAUCAGGAUGAAAGUGUAUUAUUAGGAAAUAUAGGCCUAUGUAUAAUGUGGAUUCCUCAGUAGCUGACCUUAGAUACUCAGUCUACCCCUGGAUCCACAAUGUGCCCCACUGCCCCUGGACAUACGACUUGAAAUCCCACUGUAACUGCUUUUACUCGUCACCCACAGACACACCCCAUGAUCUGCUGGAUCUCCAGCAGUACCUGGAUCUCUGAUCUCAGCUGCUGUACCUUCAUAAAUGAACCCCUCUGCAAGGGCUGGUACAAACGUCCUCA